GCUGCCUCAGUGCGCCGUUCAGUGAGUGAACGAGAACUCCGCUCAGAUCUACGAACGUAACGCGUUUCAGAACAAGGGCAAGGAGACAGGGGAAAACUGAAUGAAGUGACCUGGCCCGCUGAAAGAAACGACUCGAUCUGAAAAAGUGAUAUUUAGGCGCCAUGACGGCACUACAGAGAAUAACCAAGGAGAUGCAGGACCUGGCCGACGACCCGCUGGGCCAGUUCUCGGUGGGCCCCGUGGGAACCGACCUGUUCCACUGCCAGGCGACCAUCAUGGGGCCCCGUGGGUCGCCCUACGAAGGUGGUCUCUUCGAUCUGAGCGUCGACUUCCCCAAAUCGUACCCGUUCCAGCCCCCUCAGAUUAAGUUUAAAACUCCAAUCUACCACAUGAACGUCGGCCCAUACGGAGAUAUUUGCCUUGACAUCCUGGACAAAAACUGGUCCCCCGCUCUCUCCAUCUCCAAAGUUCUGCUGGUGAUCUGCGUGCUCAUGACGGACCCAAAUCCUGACGACCCUUUAAGAUUCAACCUCCGAGACGAAUAUAGGAAGGACAUCUCGGUCUAUGAAAAAAAUGCACGCCAGUCGACACGCAAGCAUGCCAUGUGAUUCCUUCCUUCUAAGCUCACGGGCUUGUCAACUUGCUGCUUGCAUGAGUGUCAGUAUAUGCUCACGUGGAUGAUGAUAUAUUUAAGGGAAAAGGAAAGGUACAGCUACAAUGGAUAUGUGAUUGUCCUUAAAUAUGUACACCAUGUUUUAACCAAAUACGCUCAUAUGUAAACCAUUAUAUACUCACACUGAUAUGAGGAAAGGUGCUUAAGUUGUUAAUUUGUAUAUGUUGGCAUUUGCUAUGAAAAGGAAGCAAGAAUCGUUGAACCGUUGAUCUUCUGUUUUUCCUUUCUUCAAUAAUAAAAUACAAACGUCA